AAUUAAGGCAUCUGCUGUUCACCUCAGUCCGAAGUUUCAACCUGUGCCCAUAGUUGCAAACACACAUAGACACUUACACAAUUGCAGACAGAGACAGACAGCCAAUCCUGCACAAGGAAAAGAUAAAAAAGUAAGAAAACAACUAAGAGUUGGUUUAAAAGAAUAACAUCAAUAAAUACAAAGAAGAAUAUUUAAAAAAAACACCAACAAGAGACCUUGCUGUUUGACAGGCUGGAGUAAUGGAGAUUUUUUUGUAGCAUGGUGUUCGUAGGCCUGUUGUUGUUUCUACUGUGGUUCUUCAGGCAGAGGAAACAGAGUCACAUCCAUCUACCACCGGGACCCUGGGCUCUGCCACUGCUGGGUAAUGCACCCCAGAUGGACAAACAGGCUCCCUUCAAGACCCUCGUCAAGUGGAGUGGUGUGUAUGGACCAGUGAUGACUGUGUAUCUUGGGCGGCAGCGGACUGUGGUGCUGGUGGGGUAUGAAGCAGUCAAGGAGGCUCUAGUGGACCAGGCUGAGGACUUCAUAGGACAAGCUCCCGUCCCGUUUCUUUUUCAAGCUACCAAGGGAUACGGCCUGGCCAUCAGUAACGGGGAGCAUUGGCGGCAGCUGCGUCGUUUUACCCUGACCACUCUGAGAGACUUUGGGAUGGGUCGUAAGAGGAUGGAGGAGUGGAUACAGGAGGAAAGCCAAUACCUUAUUGAUAGUGUGCAUGGCACUAAAGCCAUGCCCUUUGACCCCCAGCCUUACCAGACUCACCAGACUCAACCAGGAGAAGGAAUUGUCCUCCUCUGAGUUUAUAAAUGACAACCUGGUGUCCACAGUGUUGAACCUCUUCCUGGCAGGAACAGAGACCACCAGCACUACUCUCAGAUACGCCGUA